UGGGCAGGACUGACGGGCCCUGAGCACUGCUCUGGGCUCUAACCUGCUUCUGGUCAGUCCCUUGGCCCAGGAGACCCCUAAACAGGGAGCAUUCGGUGACUGAGACUCAUUCACUUGGUGGUUGGAAACUCAGCAAGUUGUGCAUUUUUUAAGAGGUUAUUUCUGGUGCUUUUCUCGGGUUACUCAAGCUUGGGGCAGGAGUGGGGAGAGAGCCGGGCCCCGGCCCCUGGAAAUAGAGGAGUCUGGGUUGUACUGACUUUCGGUCUCUUGAGGCCGAGUCCUCCCUUUCCUGCAGGCCCCCUCAGGCCCCUUGCCUCCCCUGCCACUGUGGCCCAAUUCCCCUUCAGGUUCGGCCCCCUUGAUAUCAGGGAGCAGCUGUGAGUCUGAGCCCGAGACCGAUGGGUCCUCACUUCAUUAGGGCUUUGAAGCUAGAGAGGAACCUUCCUAUAGGGAUUUUGGGGAAUUCAUCCAAAUUUGUCCCUUUGCAGGCCAUGGCAGGUGAUCUCUGCUUUUCUCUAACCACUAAGAGAGGGAGAAACAAGCCCCCGGUGCUGAAUAGCCCCUCGGUUGUUAUCUAACAUGACCCUCACUCCCACCUCUGAGGUGGUUGUUACUACCCAUUUCACAGAUGAGUGAGACUUGUAAGGUUCAGAGAUGUUAGGUCACUCUCUGUGGCCACACAGCCAGCAAAUAUGGCUUCAGGUAUGGCUGUCUCCUGCAAGUGGCCUAGUUGGGAAAAUACGACAGUGAUAUUUUCCAUGAUAAUAUGUGACACUUAGGUGUAUUAUUAGCUACAAGACAUUUCCCCUUUCAUUCACUCAAGUCAUUCACUCAUUCAUUCAUUAAGUAUUUAUUGAACAUCUACAUGGGCUAGGCCCUGUGCCGGGUGCCAGGAUAUAGCUGUCAAAGAUCCCUGCCCUCACAGAGCGUACGGGCUGGGGCUGCACUGCCCAUGAUGGCAGCCACUAGCCACCGGUGGCUACUGAGCAUUCGAAAUUGUGGGUAGUAUGAACGAGGACCUGAAUUUCAAAUUUUAUUUUAAAAUUUAAAUUGCACCUGUGUCUAAUCAUUACCAUAUUGGAUAGUACAGUAUUAGAGUAACUUGCUGGAUCUCUGUUUUCCGUGGCUUCAUUACAAGUUUAAAAGCUUUCUUCCAGCUUCAGUGGGGGAGCUGCAAAGGCCUUUCUCCCUCUCUGUGUACAUGCCGAGCACAGAGAGGACAGUGACCAGGGAGUCUCCCUGGGGAUUUGUGAGAAUUGCCCGGACAUCAACACUGCAGGUUUCUAGGUGGCCUGGGAGAGUCCUACUUCGUGCUGGGCUCUGCACACAGGCCCUGACCUCUGGGGGCAUUGUUCUGAGGCGCGUUUGAUUUUCCUCGGCUUGCACACGCAGAGAUGUCCGUAGGACUCAGCAAGGUGUGGGUGAUCGUCAGAGGCUUGGUUAGGGCAGGGGGAGAACCUCGAGAGGUGACCUGUUCAACUCCCUCUUCGUGUGCAUGGAGGGAAGGAGGCUUAGAAACCUGGCUGGCCUGACCACUGUCACAGUAACGAAAGCUGGGCUGGACCAAGGGACACUCUCUGGCAUGAAGGAUGUGAGCGGCUGGGUAGUUUUCCUCAGGGGCUCUGAGGUUGGUGGAAGGGGCUCUAGGCUCACCAGGCACUGCUCUACAAGGCAGGAAUCAAGACUGGGGCUCUGGUCCCAGCUCCACCCCACCCUGCUGUGUGAUCUCAACUGCUCAAGGCCCCCACUUCUUCACCAGUAAAAAGAGGAUGCUGGAUUAUCUAGUGAUUGGAAAUCCCUUCCCAACUUGACUUUAUGGUCUGUCAUCAGAUCCUUCAAGCAGCCCACGUACAUGGAUGAGGAAACUGACUUUUAAGUAGCUUCUGGGUGGCAGGCAAACUCCAGAUGUUUUGUCUUCCCUGUCUUGACGUGGGAUGUCUGUGGGUGCAAAGCAUCCUUGGGUUCUUAGGCUGAGUUAGUUCCCUGCAUUUGUCCCUGGGAUUUGCAGGGGGGGGCGGCGUUGUCACAGAGUGGGCUGUGUUUUCUGCCUGGGUUCUCCUCCAGCCAGGGGUGUUUGUGAGAGCACUGGAAUCACAAAGUGGCCCAUGGCGGGGAAUGCAGCCAGAACAAAGGCGCCCUCUCCCCGCCGGGGCCGGGGAAUACUAACUAGUUGACAGGAAUUUUAAUAUAAAACUCUCCCUCUUCCUUGUCAUUCGGAGGUUUCAGGAAGCCUUCGGGCUUAUCGUGCAGAGGCACACAGCACAGACAGGGCUUGGGGAGGUGAGAGGUGAUUUCCUGCCAUUCUUCUGCGGGGCGGGCUUCCCAGGGCGGUCAUGCCAGGCUGACGGGGCGCAGUGCGGGCUCCCACUGCUGGGGGGGAGAGCCGGGUUUUCAUGGGGCGGCAGUCGAGGCAGGACCCGCAGCCAUGAACCGCUUCAAUGGGCUCUGCAAGGUGUGUUCGGAGCGCCGCUACCGCCAGAUUACCAUCCCGAGGGGGAAGGACGGCUUCGGCUUCACCAUCUGCUGCGACUCUCCGGUCCGAGUCCAGGCCGUGGAUUCCGGGGGCCCGGCAGAGCGGGCAGGGCUGCAGCAGCUGGACACGGUGCUGCAGCUGAACGAGAGGCCUGUGGAGCACUGGAAAUGCGUGGAGCUGGCACACGAGAUCCGGAGCUGCCCCAGCGAGAUCAUCCUGCUUGUGUGGCGUAUGGUCCCCCAGGUCAAGCCGGGGCCAGAUGGCGGGGUCCUGCGGCGGGCGUCCUGCAAGUCGACCCAUGACCUCCAGUCGCCCCCCAACAAGCGGGAGAAGAACUGCACCCACGGGGCCCAGGCACGGCCAGAGCAGCGCCACAGCUGUCACCUGGUGUGUGACAGCUCGGAUGGGCUGCUGCUCGGUGGCUGGGAGCGCUACACUGAGGUGACCAAGCGUGGGGGCCAGCACACCCUGCCUGCACUGUCCCGUGCCACUGCCCCCGCCGACCCCAACUACAUCAUCCUGGCCCCGCUGAACCCUGGGAGCCAGCUGCUGCGGCCUGUGUACCAGGAGGAUGCCAUCCCCGAAGAAUCAGGGAGCCCCAGUAAAGGGAAGUCUUACACGGGCCUGGGGAAGAAGUGUCGGCUGAUGAAGACGGUGCAGACCGUGAAGGGCCAUGGGAGCUACCAGAAUUGCCCGGUCAUGAGGCCACAUGCCCCACACUCAAGCUAUGGCACCUACGUCACCCUGGCCCCCAAGGUCCUGGUGUUCCCCAUCUUUGUUCAGCCUUUAGAUCUCUGUAACCCUGCCCGGACCCUCCUGUUGUCGGAGGAGCUGCUGCUGUAUGAGGGGAGAAACAAGGCUGCCGAGGUGACGCUGUUUGCCUACUCUGACCUGCUGCUCUUCACCAAGGAGGAUGAGCCAGGCCGCUGCAACGUCCUGAGGAACCCCCUCUACCUCCAGAGCGUGAAGCUGCAGGAAGGUUCUUCAGAAGACCUGAAAUUCUGUGUGCUGUAUCUAGCAGAGAAGGCAGAGUGCUUAUUCACCUUGGAAGCUCACUCGCACGAGCAGAAGAAGAGAGUGUGCUGGUGCCUGUCGGAGAACAUUGUGAAGCAGCAACAGCUGGCGGCUCCGUCCCCUGAGAGCAAGAAACUGCACCCUUAUGGCUCUCUCCAGCAGGAGAUGGGGCCGGCCAACUCAACCAAUGCUACCCAGGAUAGAAGCUUUACCUCAUCAGGACAGACUCUGAUUGGCUGAGCAAACCCAAGGGCAGGACUCUGCUUCUGGCAACUUAACUCUUUCUUGGGCAUCCCUUACCACACAGUAACCUCACCUCAACUGGACCCAAAACGGAGGACCAAGAUGGUGGGCCUAGGGUCAUCUGAAGGGAGUGGCCCCACGGGUGUGUGGACUGGCGUCAGAAGGACCACAGUGGUGUGAGAGGCCCUGUGGGCAGAUGCAGACUGGCUCAGAAAGUCCCAAAUGGAGAAGACCCAGAAGCUUAUUCCCUACAAGGAAGAAGGAGGUGAAAUAGCAUCUGGGCUACCGGUGGUUCCAGCGCCUGCCUCAGGGGCAGCAGGAGAAGCUGGGAGAGGUCAGCCCUGAUGGAGAACAAUGCCGGGAUCAGCUGCUGCCAGAAGACAUCUCCACCCGUUCGCUCAUUUUUCAUCUGGACUCAUGCGUUCAUUCCUUCAUCCAUCAGAUAUUUUUAGGGCGUCUACUUUAUGCCAGGUUCUGGGCUAGGAGCUGGAGAUACUGUGGAGAAUGAGAGGGACAUGGUCUCUGCUCUUAUCAAGGUUUCAGUCUUAGUGGGGGAGAGAGCAUUACAUAAACACCAACACACACACCACACACACACACACACACACACACACACACACACACACACGGGAUUACACACUGUGAUCAUCUAUGAAGGAAAAGAAAGGAUUCCUUUAAGAGAGAAUAUUAUUAGACAUUGCUGUGUGUGGGUGUGGGGUGGGAGAGGGGAAGAGCAUAACCUUUAAGCCAAGAAAGGAGUUAGCCAGUCAAGGACUUUGGAAAGGGUUUUCCAGACAGAUGGAGCAGCCUGCGAAGAGUACCCGAGAUAGCAAGGAGCAGGACAUGCUGGAGGAACGGAGCCUGGGCCGUUGGAGCUGGAGCUUAGUGAGGGGGAAGACCAAGUAGGUGGGGGCCAGAUCGUACAGGGCUUUGGUCGUUAAUGUAUUGAUUGCAUUUGAGACACAGUGGGAAGCCAUUGAAGGCUUUUGAGAAAGGGAGUCACAGAAUCUCAGGGACAUUUCUAGACGAUGAGAGAACCCAAGGAGGGGCCCAAGUGGGUGUGAGGAGAUCAGUUUUUUUUUAGCGGGGGCGUCCCUUCAGUCCUCCAGGUGAUGGGUGAUGGUGGCCCGUCCUGGAUGAUGUCUGGGGAGGCGGGUAUGUGAAUGCCCAGACCCUCGGGUAGGGGAGGCUCUGCGAUGAGAAGAGAGAGUUUCCUGUCCCUCCACCACUCUCACCCUCAUCCUCCACUGUGUCUCACUCUUUCAGUGGAUGCACGUAAGGAUGGGGCCUUCCUCACAGAGCCCCCUCCUGGUGAGGCCUGGGUAGGGGCCAGUGCUGAGUUCUGAGAAUGUCCCUGGGAGUUGGGAGUUAUGGGUGCUUCAGCUGGCCAAGGUGGUCAAGUUCACAGCCCCCCAGCCUCAGCAGGGGUGGCCUAUGCUGUCCCUCCGUCCUGUGAACACAGCCCUCUGGAAACUGACUGGGUUUGCUUUCUGCAGAGCUCCUGAGGGUCAGGGACUGGGGCUAAGUGAGGCUCAGCACACUUAGAGGAGGCCGUCCUGCCAUGAGGCUGACAGAAGGCCUACAUGGGGGCAGUGACUGGAGCGCAGCCUGCUCGCUGCCUGCUGUAUCUUCCGGUGCGGCCCGGCGCUGGGCAGCUUUCACACCCUUCUCUAACUGCGCAGACAUAGCUCACACACAAAGGGCAUGUGUAGGAUCAGGGUCAUUUGCAUAGAAAGGGGGUCAGAGAGGCUGGACUUCAGUUUAGAGAAGUCCCCUUGGAGCUUGGACACUCCGUGUUGUGUCUUUUAAGAGCUUCUCCGUGUCUUUAGCGAGGGGUCUUGUGCCCUGGUGAGUUUGCUCAGCUGCUUUGGCUACUUGACCCCUAAGAAGGGUGGCCCAGAAGAGAAUUUGCCCCUUACCUCCCACGGAUCACCCCUCCUCCCAGCCUAGGAAAGAUCAGACACGUCGCAUCAGUAAUCUAACAGGGGAUCAGCCCAAUGCCCUGCCCAGCAGGGGAAUAGCCUGGGCCUGAAGUGGGACAAGUGAUCCGCAGUGUCUAUCAGCCGAGACUCCGCCUGCAGGGUUAAUUCUGAGCGGCUGAGCAGCUGAGUCUGCACAGACAGCAAGCUGCACCAUGACUUCAUUUGAUUCCCUUACAGAAUGACAUUAAGGGGAGUGUGAGGCGCAGGAGAAUUGCCCGUCUGGGAAGACAGCGAGCUUUUCUCUCCCGGACCUGGGGACCUACCUCUGUCCACCAGACAGGUGCAGAGGACGGGGGAGCUCUGGCAGCAGGGAAAUGGAGACUCGGAACGCGGCACUUAGCCCUGGGGACAGCACUUUCCUCUGGCUUGUCCCAACAAGCUGCUGAGUGGAGCGGAAGCUCCCGUCAGGGUCCUAGACCUGGCUGGCUGCUGGGAAAGCAGACAUCAGCUCCUGGAGGGCCCUGGACCCAUCUUCCCAGUGACUGUUGUGAGCCACAGCGCCAUUGCUGCUCUGCCUCUCAAAUCGAUGAGACAAUUAAUUUGGCUCCACGGGCUCGAGAAGAUGAAAUAUGACCGGUGGCCACUGCUCCUCAGAGGCCCAGUCCAUCCCAGACGUCCAGGAUGAUGAACACAUCAAAAUCGCAUUUGAGAGUCAUAAUCACGGGAAACAUGGCCGAGCCCCUCCCUCCACAUAAAUCACGCUAAGAAGCUCACACAAUGGUCUCUUUCCUGAUGGGCCAAUUGUCUUGGUGUGUGUCUCGGGGCGAGCUGGGAGCAUGGGAGCACAACCAUUUAUUGUUGAAAAGGCCAUCUGUGCGAUUUGAAUACAAUGUGAUUCUUUAAGUUCC